AUGGACUUCCUUCGAUCCACCUCGAACGCGUCUCGAUCUUCAUCUUCUGCGCUCUCAUCUUCUGGGUUUUCGCCAGUUGAUACCGAAUCCGAGGAUCUUCUUAAGCAACUGGCGAAGGAAAUGAAGCAGCAGCCAUUCACCACCAAUAAGAGCUUACAAGACUCCUUGGAACGCCGUCGGCGAGCGCUUCAGCAAGACCAAACUCGGGAUCAGUACCUCGUCUUCACGUCUGUCCCCCCGGCGCAAUCUUCCAGACUGAGUGAUGAUGGGUCGCGAAAAAGCAAGUACAGUCGAUUCUCUUUCAACGCAGAAACGGGAACCUUGAUCGCGAAAGUCAUGCCAAAUCCUGCACACGAACUUGCAAUAAGGUUAUUUGAUUCGCUAAUCUCUCAAGAGCUACAUAAGAUGGAGGUCGAUGGUGACGUGAUGCCUUUCGGUUCGACAACAGUUACUGUUGGAAAUUGGACAAAGGAGGCCGACUGCUGCUGGGCUCCGGCUUCGACAAAGCCCAGGCUGAGUUUCGUGGUGGAAGUAGGAUUGUCAGAGUCUGCGCGACAACUUGCUCUUGAUGCGCGCGGUUGGCUUGAGACAGACUCCUCAUCUGUGGUACUUGCGGUUACGAUCAGCAUUAAUCGCGGAAAUCCCGAGAUUAUCUUGCACCGAUGGGAACUUGUUCCACGAGGAUAUGGCGUCCUUACAAGAUCGUCCCCUCUUUCAGCGCGUCGUACUGCAUUCCUCAAAUUAUCUCGAACGAAUAACACGACAUCUGUCACCGGAGAGUCCUAUAUGAAUAGCACAACUACGACUACUACACAGCUGGAUUUACCCUUCGACAAGGUAGUUGGCCGUCCUCCUCACAAGCCCUUGGAGAGAGACUUAGUGAUACCCGAGCAAGAGCUGAGAAGUCGCCUCGGUUAUGAUAUGGUCGUUGCCCACCAAGCAGCAAAAAUCACGGAAGACGAUGUUAUACUCACGAAAGGCAUGGUGAUUCGAAAGAUUUCCAGGGAGGUGCGUGGCUGCUCGAGAGACUACAUCAUGAUCAACGUCGACGGUGUCCUGAUUGCAGCAACAACAGAACAGCAUGCGCUUGAUAUCACGAAAAAGAUCCAGCAGCACUUCAAAAUCAAGGACCUUGGUCCACUGGCACGAUUCCUCGGCUGUACAAUCUCAUAUCAUGAGAAACACCAACUGUGUCUCCACCGAGCCACCUACCUCGAUGCUCUCCUUGCUAUCGAGGGCCUUUCUGCGGGCUCGAAAAACGCUAUUCCGAUGAUCCGUGCUUACCUCGGCGCCCUGAUGACGAAACAAGUCGACCGACUGAGCAAACCACAUCAGAUACUCAACAUCAACGCCGUUACGCGGAGGUCGGGGGCAAAACAGGCUGACUUUCCACCAAAACACAACCAGACAUCGCGUUCCCGCCCCUUAUUCAAACUCACCUUCAACAUCAACAACGACGGCCUCGUUGGCUUCAUAUGGACGCCUCACAAGCAGACUGUCCAGACCGAUACAACGCGGAAGACCAUCACCAUUCUCUUGGGUCUCAGGGAAGCAAAGCGUCGUUGA